AACCUUUGUAAGGUUUUAAAUUCUUUCACAUAUAAAAGAUAUCUCUUGACGACAAAGACUUCAGCGUUGCCAGUGUUUGAGUGUUGUUUGGUCUCUUUUGUUAUUCCUGGAGCAGUGAUCCGGAGGGAAAAAUGUCUGACUCGGAGAGUGCUGUUGAGUUGGCGACCCUGGGACGACCUUUCCAGCUCGGAAUGUUGUACGAUUGCCGCAGCGAUGCUCUGAUUCCAGGUGUAACCUUGUGGAACUUUGAGGAGCUGCAAAAAGACAUCGACAGACGUCCACAACCUUACACAGAUUUCCAGAUCAUUGCAUCAGACGCAAUAGAGGAUAAAGCAUCAGCUUUGAAUAUUGAAGCAUCGCUGUCCGCAAGCUUUUUGUGUGGCCUGGUCAAGGUUGAAGGAUCUGCAAAGUAUUUAAAUGACAAGAAGUCUUCUAAAAGGCAAUCUCGUGUCACCAUGCAGUAUUUGACACACACUCGCUUCGAACAACUCACAAUGAACCAGCUAGGGCCUGAAAAUGUAACCUAUCCCAAUGUGUUUAAAGAUGGGACAGCCACUCAUGUCAUUACGGCUGUGUUAUAUGGCGCCCAGGCGUUUUUUGUCUUUGAUAAACAGGUUUCUUCUGAAGAGAAUGAACAAGACAUUCAGGGCAACUUGAAAGUUAUGAUUAAAAAAAUACCUUUGAUAUCAAUUGAAGGGGAAGGCUCUCUCAAAAUGACAGAUGAAGAAAAGAAAAGUACUGAGCAGUUCAGUUGCAAAUUCUACGGUGAUUUUGCUCUGGAAAACAAUCCUGUUACUUUUGAGGAAGCAAUUAAAACCUACAGCCUUCUCCCAAAACUGCUUGGGCAAAACGGUGAACAUGCUGUACCCAUGAGGGUGUGGCUUUACCCACUAAAUAAACUGGACUCCCAAGCAGCUCAACUUGUGCGGGAAAUUAGCAUUGGGCUCAUCCGGCGCUCCCAUCAAGUCUUGGAAGAGUUAAAUGAAUACGAUGCACAAUGCAAUGAUCUGAUGAACGACCGAAUCGCUGUCCAGUUUCCAGAGAUUAAAACAAAGAUCAGAAAUUUCAAAGGCAUGUGUUCAGAGUACAAGCUGGUGUUUCAGAAGUCUUUAGCUAGAACACUGCCUUCCAUCCGUGGAGGGGGGAAAGAGGAAGGCGUGGUGACAGACAUACUGACCGGCAAGGAGCAGUCACCGUUCCGAAACGAGAUGCUGGCAGGGUGGCUGGAAGAUAAAGAACGAGAGAUAAAUGUCUUGAGGUCUCAUUUCAGCAUCAUGAAAAAUGCAACGCUGGUGUCAUCAAGCAGUGAGCUGGACCGCAUAGUCCUGGAUCCUAGCAAUGAGUUUGUAGUGUGCUUCAUGUUUACUUCUUUAAAGCAAAAAGAAACUUAUCUGAAGAGUUUAAGAACCUACUUAGCAUGCCAAACAUCUGAGAUCAGUGAAGUAAAAACAACGGACACUUGUGAGUCAGAGGAAGCAGAAGAUAAAUGGUUCAGAUCUGCGGAGAUAUCCAUGCAGGCGACAGAACGUGUGAGAUUGUUUUUGGAUUUCGAGGAAGCAAACAAAAGUAAAGAGAGCCUCAAGUUCAUUGUGGCCUCCAUACAAGAUGACACCAAUCUGGGUUCUUCAAUUUAUCUCUUUAAAAGAGGGAUUUUGGAGAGUAAAAACUUUGAGCUCCCCUCCAAACCCGAGCCACCAGUUGUGGGUAGAACAACAUAUAACAGUAUGGAGCUAACGUUCCCUCCUCUGCAGAAUGGCUUCAGUGAGAUUGUGAAGUAUCAGGUGAUGUACCAGAAAGUGGAGAACAGUGAAUGGAUCACACUGGAUACUAAAGUCAAAACCGAAUUGUUUACCGUGUCGGGUUUAGAAGCAAAUACUAACUACAGGUUUCAGUAUGAAGCAGUGUGCAAACCAGGCAUAAGCUUGACUAGUGAUCCAACAGAGAGCAAGACACUCCCAACAAGCCCUCCUGAUAAUCUUUCAAAGAACCACAUUGACCCGCAGUCCAUUACAGUGGUUUGGGAUAAGCCCUUGUCUAUAGGAGAGGGAGCAACUAUUUUUUGCUACACAGUUCAAUACAGAGAAGAUCACGAUGAAACUGAAAAAUGGACUGAAGUAAAAACACAGAAAACAAAGUGCCUGCACACAGUGGAGAAUCUAAAACCCAGUCAUCGCUACAGAUUCAGGGUGUCUUCUGAUUGUGGAAAAGCAGGGAAGAGUGCACUGAGUGCUGAAGUAGUAAUUGCAACACUAUCGGAGGAGGAAGCUAAAUCAAAGAAAGAACUUCAGGAUGAAAUACAGAGUGAAAGAUUCCUAGAAUUCUCCAUUCCUGUAGGAGAAGGGCCUCCUGCAGUUCAUCAACUGUCCUUACAUGAAGAGCCCCUGGGGAACAGUGAGCAUUAUCAGAAGUUUAUAUUCGGAAGGGGGGUGGGAAAGGAGACCAAUAAAGUGGUGAUGGUUGUGGGGGCUACAGGAGCAGGGAAGUCCACCCUCAUCAAUGGAAUGGUAAAUUACAUCUUGGGGGUUCAGUGGGAAGAUCAUUUUCGGUUCAAACUGAUCCAUGAAGAUACAAAACGAACGCAAGCGGAAAGCCAGACUUCCAUUGUGACGGCGUAUGAACUGAGUCGCCAGGAGGGAUUCCAGGUCCCAUUCUCUCUCACCAUCAUCGACACACCUGGGUUUGGAGACACCAGAGGUAUGGAUAAAGACAAACUGAUCACUCAGCAGCUUAAAGAUUUCUUUUCAGACCCAGAUGGAGUUGAUCAUAUCGACGCGGUGUGCUUCGUUGUCCAGGCAUCUCUGGCACGCCUUACUAAACCACAACAGUACGUCUUUGAUUCAAUCCUUUCCAUUUUCGGAAAAGACAUUGAGAACAAUAUAUUGAUACUGGUCACAUUCGCAGACUGUGAAGAUAUCCCUGCUUUAGAAGCUAUCAAGGCAGCGGAGUUGCCCUGCAACAAAGAUAAAAAAGGGAAACCGACUAAUUUUGCUUUUAAUAAUUCUGCGUUAUAUAUAAGCAAUUUUGCAAAGAAGAAACUCUGUGAUGAUGAUGAGGAUUCGGAUUCAGAUUCCAAAAGCGAUGAUGAGGACAACAGUCUUCGGAAGAAGAAAGACAUCUGGAUUGACACUUCAAAAAACAUGAAGAAGUUCUUUAGGAUGUUGGGGAAAGUGGAACAAAGGAGUUUAGUUUUAACAAGAAAAGUGCUUGAAGAGCGCCAGCGCCUUGAGAUCGCCCUGGAAAAACUGGUGCCUCAGAUCCGAAUAGGCUUGUUAAAGAUGAGUGAAAUCAAAAGUACAAAGUCGUGCCUGGAACAGAGCGAAGCAAACAUAAAUGCAAAUAAAGAUUUUGAAGUUGUAAAAGAAGAGUUGAAAGGUAAAAGGAAAGCAACACACGUUUUGUCGACCAACUGCAACAUGUGUAAUUUUUCUUGCCACCCUGCCUGCUAUCUGCCCACGCCUGAAGAGAUAAGGUCAUGUGCAGUCAUGGAUGAUGAUGGAAACUGUGUAAUAUGCCCUGGGAACUGUCGCUACGACUCCCAUUUAUCUGAAAAAGCAAUGUGGGAAUACGAACCAGUGAAGGUAAAAACUACAGUCUCGAAGCUAAAGGAAAAUUUCGUAAAAGCGACCGGUGAGUUUAUGAGCACCAAAGAAAUUCUCACAAGGCUGGAAGAUGAGCUUUCCAUUAUUGAAGACAAAUUGAUGCAACUCAUUGAGCUCUCGUCCAGCUGUCUGGCUCGACUUGAAGAAAUCGCUUUGAAACCCAAAACUCUGUCAACAUCGGAAUACAUCGACCUCCUCAUUCGCAAUGAGAAAGAAGAUAAAAAACCCGGGUUCGAGGACCGCAUCCAAAACUUAGAAACAAUGAAGAAAAAUUCUGACCUGCUGGCGAAGAUUGCCAGAGGAGAAAAACUACUACCUGAUGAGAAAAAGAAAUACAGAGCAAAGAUGGAACGGAUGAAAAGAGUUAGUCUUCAAAUAAAGCAAACCUCAUCUAUUGUAAAAUCCUGGCAGUCUGGACACUGAACUAGGAUUGCAAACAGGCUCCACAAUCCCAGGACACUUUGAGACAGAACAGGUUUUAGACUUGUCCCUAAACUGAAUUAAAUGAAUGUGUAAAUGAGCUCCUAUAUAUCUGCUAAGAUAAAUAGUGUCGCUGAAUUACUGUGCUCAGCAAACAAGUCAAAAUGAUAAACAGUUUACCAUACUGCCUCCGAUCAGAUCUAAUGAAGAGCUGAGCAACACUACUGAUAUGAUUGGGAGAGUCAUUGCAUGUUAUGGGCAAUUUUGAAUAGCAAAUAAAUAAAUACAUGUUAACUUAUUAGUGGCUCCACAAAAACACACACACACACACACACACAUAUAUAUAUAUAUAUAUAUAUAUAUAUAUAUAUAUAUAUAUA